AUGGACGGGGAACUGGCUCUCUGUCCUAUAGCCAAGAACGCAAGGCGCGUUUUAGACAUGGGCACGGGGACUGGACUAUGGGCUAUUGACUAUGCUUUUCAGGUUAUUGGUGUAGACCUAAGCCCCAUUCAGCCACCAUUCGUCCCCCCUAACGUCAGCUUUGAGAUCGAUGACCUAGAAAAGGAAUGGACGUGGACGAAGAAAUUCGACUUUAUCUUCUCCCGUAUGAUGCUUGGCUGCUUUGAGAAUCUCCCGGCAAUCAUAAAGGUGGCGUUCGAUAACCUGGAGCCAGGAGGUUAUCUAGAGCUUCAGGAUAUGGCCCUCCCAGCACGCUCCGACGACAAUACACUACAUCCGGAUAGCUACCUCUCCAAUUGGUGCAAUUACUGCUUUAAUGCAGGAGAGGCACUUGGACGUCCUGUUUUCCCUGUGACUGAGUACAAAACCUACUUAGCUGCUGCUGGAUUCGAAGACAUUGUUGAGACACAGAAGAAGUGGCCAAUCAACACUUGGCCUCGAGACAAAGAGUAUAAGGAGCUUGGCGCUUGGGCGUAUGCCAACAUUGCCGAAGGACUUGAGGGCCUGUCACUUGCCUACUUCACGCGAGGCCUUCACUGGUCAUCCGAACAGACAUUGGUAUUUUGCGCGGAAACAAGAAAGGACCUGAAGGAUACAAAAAUACACGCCUACUGGCCGAUGUAA